UAACCCCGACGUCACUUUAGAUUAGAGGGAGCCGGCCUGCGCCUCGGUUGGAGAGGUGUGCGUGUAGUCGCGACGGUGGGGAAGAUCCGUCGAAACCUUCUCUGCUUUUGGACCUCACCUGAGUUCUAAAAAUGUCGUAUAUGCUCCCGCAUUUACACAAUGGCUGGCAAGUAGACCAGGCCAUUCUUUCGGAAGAAGAUCGUGUGGUUGUCAAUCGCUUUGGGCAUGAUUGGGAUCCCACUUGUAUGAAAAUGGAUGAAGUUUUGUAUAGCAUUGCUGAAAAGGUGAAAAAUUUUGCUGUUAUUUAUCUUGUGGAUAUCACAGAAGUGCCAGACUUCAACAAGAUGUAUGAGUUGUAUGAUCCCUGCACCGUCAUGUUCUUUUUCAGGAACAAGCACAUAAUGAUUGAUUUAGGUACAGGGAACAACAAUAAAAUUAACUGGGCGAUGGAAGACAAGCAAGAAAUGAUUGAUAUAAUCGAAACCGUUUAUAGAGGAGCACGUAAAGGCCGAGGUCUUGUUGUGUCACCCAAAGACUACUCAACCAAAUACAGAUACUAAUAUUUAAGCUGUUUUCUUAAAAUAUUUUUGCAGAAAUGUCAUCAGUGAAACUUUGUACAGUUUUUUUGCUUACAUCUGGUUUUCAAAAUAUUUUGAAUUUAUGCAAAUAUAUUACCUAAGUUAUGGAGGAAAUGCUAAUAGAUACUGGAUUUUAGAAAUAAAGUUGUAUCUUAUUGUUUUUCCUUUUAAACAUUAAAAUGGUCUUCAUGUUUACUAUUUUUAUAAAAUAGUUCUGCUCUUUAUAAAUAAAUUGGUCUAAACCAGCUGAAAUAGAAGAGAUACUUCUGGACUGUUUAGCCAGAAUAGAAGAAGACCAUUGAGAUUUUGAGCAGAAUAUGAGGAUCCAGCCUGCUGUUUAAAGCCAGUUUCUGGAACUGCAUGAAUUAGUUUACUCUGCCUGCGAAAAGCAGGAUGCAGAGCAGUUCAGUUGGCAUUUAAUAUAAAGAAAUAAAAUUGUGCUUAAUCUGGUCACUCUAGCUUUCUUAGAAAGCAGAUUUGAUUUAAAAGUUUAUUAUCAAAAUUGUUGGAACAUUCUCAAAAUUUGGUUCCAGAAAAAAAAAAUAUUUUGCUUACUUCCUACUGUGUGUUUUCAUAGUUUGGAUUAAAGUGAAAUAUACAUCUCAGGCUACAAAAUACAGUAUUAUUUUAUUCCUAUGUUUAUUCCAGUAUCCUUAACAGGAACAUCACCAAAUGUUGUAUAAAAUAUUUCUUUUCAUAAAUAAAUUAAAUACAUACAAAUAAAA